UAACAAAAAAAUCACCGUGAUCAAUUGAAAGCUCUUCCUCCUUCCUCUAUCAUCCAAAAUUUUAUGUAAUAACAAAAUCCAGUGCUCUAAAAUUUCAUCAAAUCCGCCAUUUUUACUCCCUUUCUCAAGCUCUGUGAUUUCCAGAAAUGGCGAAUGAUACUAUGAUCGUCACCAAUACACCGGCCAAAGAACUCGUCAACACCAAUUUCGUCUACUGCUCUCUCGCCGAUCUUCGCCGCUUUUCCUCCCCUGGCUCGCGCCUCGUCUUCGCUUUAGUCGGCGAUUCAUGGGUUCUUUCUCUUGGAGCGCAUAAUGACAUACCCAAUGGGAGCAUAGGUCUUAAUUCUGUCCAACGGAAGUAUUUGAGGGUUUCUACUGGGGAUCCAAUAUCUGUCAAAAGAUUCGUUCCUCCUCAGGAAUUUAAACUUGCAGUGGUUACCCUUGAAUUGGACUAUUUAUCAAGAGCAAAAGCUAGAGAUGAACAGGUUGAUGCUGUUGUUGUAGCUCAACUUAUAAAGAGGAGACUUGUUGACCAGGUUAUGACGAUAGGCCAAAAGGUAGUCUUUGAGUACCUAGGCAAUAAUUUUCUUUUCACAGUCAAUCAGGCUGUUGUUGAAGGACAGGAAAAGUCAGAUAGUGAAAGAGGGAUGCUGUCAGAUGACACAUACACAAUUUUUGAGGCAGCCGGUGGCAGUGGAAUAAAGAUUAUCAAUCAACGUGAAUCUGCUAGCAGCAACCUGUUUAAACAAAAAGAAUUCAAUUUGAAGGAACUUGGUAUAGGUGGAUUGAGUACAGAGUUUGCAGAUAUAUUUAGAAGAGCUUUUGCCUCCAGGGUUUUCCCUUCCCAUGUUACUAGCAAAUUGGGUAUCAAGCAUGUUAAAGGAAUGCUUCUUUUUGGUCCUCCUGGUACUGGCAAGACUCUGAUGGCUCGCCAGAUUGGAAAAAUGUUAAAUGGAAAGGAUCCAAAGAUUGUCAAUGGGCCGGAAGUAUUGAGCAAGUUUGUUGGUGAGACUGAGAAGAACAUCAGGGAUCUAUUUGCUGAUGCUGAGCAAGACCAAAGAACUCGAGGGGAUCAAAGUGAUUUGCAUGUUAUAAUCUUUGACGAAAUAGAUGCUAUCUGUAAGUCAAGAGGCUCAACUAGGGAUGGUACAGGUGUUCAUGAUAGUAUUGUCAACCAGCUCCUAACAAAGAUUGAUGGUGUGGAGGCCCUCAAUAAUGUUUUGUUGAUUGGUAUGACUAACAGAAAAGAUUUGCUUGAUGAAGCACUUUUAAGGCCUGGACGUUUAGAGGUUCAGGUGGAAAUAAGCCUCCCUGAUGAAGCUGGUCGUUUUCAAAUUCUUGAAAUUCAUACAACCAAGAUGAAAGAAAAUUCCUUUCUUGCACCAGAUGUUAAUUUGGCUGAACUGGCUGCUAGAACAAAGAAUUACAGUGGAGCAGAGCUUGAAGGUGUUGUAAAGAGUGCUGUAUCAUAUGCUUUGAACCGACAAUUAAACAUGGAUGAUCUUAAUAAGCCAGUGGAUGAGGAGAACAUAAAAGUUACCAUGAAGGACUUUUUAGAAGCAGUUGAUGAAGUUAAACCAGCAUUUGGAGCAUCUACUAGUGAUCUUGAACGUUGCAGGUUAAAUGGCAUGGUGGAUUGUGGUGUUCGUCAUGAGCAUAUCCAGCAACGGACUAUGCUACUUGCUGAACAAGUAAAAAUUAGCAAAGGUAGCCCAAUUUUGACAUGUCUUUUGGAAGGUGAAAGUGGCAGUGGGAAGACUGCAAUGGCUGCUACAGUUGGUAUCUGUAGUGAUUUUCCUUAUGUGAAGAUUGUUUCAGCGGAAUCCAUGAUUGGUCUCAGUGAGAGUACAAAAUGUGCACAUAUUGUCAAGGUCUUUGAGGAUGCUUACAGGUCACCCUUGAGCAUAAUAAUACUUGAUGAUAUUGAGAGGCUUGUUGAGUAUGUGGCAAUCGGCCCACGGUUUUCAAAUAUUAUCUCACAAACACUGAUGGUCCUCUUGAAACGACUUCCUCCACUGGGGAAGAAACUUCUUGUGAUUGGGACUACCAGUGAAGUUGGUUUCUUGGAUUCGAUUGGCAUUCGUGAUGCAUUCUCAGUCACGUACAAUGUUCCAACAUUGAAAACUGAAGAUUCCCGAAAGGUGUUGCAACAACUCAAUGUAUUCUCAGAAGAUGACAUAGAUUCUGCUGCUGAGGCCCUUAACGAUAUGCCAAUCAAGAAAGUGUAUAUGCUAAUAGAAAUGGCUGCUCAAGGAGAGUAUGGCGGCAAAGCAGAAGCCAUUUACUCUGGAACAGAAAAGAUUGAUAUAUCUCACUUCUAUGACUGUCUUCAGGACCUUGUCCGGUAUUGAUUUGAGUAUACCAAUGUCGAGUUCUGUAACUGUUGCUUACUUUGUGGCUAGUUCUGUGAUUUUUUCCUCGUUAGUCAUUCAGCAAAAGUUCUGAACAGAUGGUAAUUAUACAUGGGAUUAUACAAUCUUUUAUCCUCUGUUUAUGAUUUCUUGGGUUCAAGCUUUUUUUGGAGCCCCAGCAAUCUAAUUAUGGUGUUGUAGAGAUUUAGCUGGAGUGUAUCGUGCCUUGCAAAUUUAUUAUUUAAUCGAUAUAGUAUCACAUAUAUAUCUAUAGUUCGAGCAGAUAUUGAGUUUGUCAAAUCAGUGUUAAUGAUUCAGUAUUCAAUCCAUUGUUUCCAACUCAUGGCUGUUCCUUUUUAUUUCACCUGGUAGUUGAUAUGCAUAUGUUGAAUCAGACCUUGGUUUUUU